AUGGACAGAAAUUGCGAUGAAUCGGUUCACGACCCUCUGCGGCUCUGCAAAAAGAGAGCGAAGAGCGAGGCAUUAGCAAAAGAAAACAGUAAUUCAUCCAUUAAUAGGAGGAGUCACAUUCCAGACCCCCCUGAAAGUUUUAGCAACGGGGAAAAAUCACUAGUGAGUUGUGAUGCAACGAAUCAGAUGCUAAGGUCUCCAUUUGCAGUAAUAGGUCAAAAUCUCUACAGUCCCGGGAGCAAUGUAUCGAGUCAUCAAAAUGAUGAGGACACCAAAGAUUCACACGCCAAUGGCUCUAGCAAUGAAACCGAAGGAACAUUUCUUAAGAAGGAUGAUCCGAAGGAUGAUCCGAAGAUACUUGCAUUGAUGCAACAAGCGGAACUACUGAGCUCACUGGCACUCAAAGUCAAUUCCGAAAACACAAACCAGAGUCUUGAAAAUGCUUGCAAGGUACUUGAAUAUUUUCUCAAUCAUACAAAAGAUGGUGAUGUGACGAAAUGCCAAAUUUCUGAGAUGGAGAUUCAGCUCGAGAAUUUUAAGCAAUCUGCAAAUGAAUUAAAAAACAUUAAUGAAUGCAGUCAACCAUCUUGGAGGCAACCUGCUUUAUCUGAAGAGUCUGCAGGCAGCUCGGAGUAUAGCACUGGAUCAACAUUACUAGCCCACGGGGUUGGUGAUAAUAGAGAAAAGAGCGAAGCUGAGCUAUGUGCUUUGCAUCAGGAUAUUGAAUCGGGAUUACAAUCAACCCACAUUGAUGAUGAAUUUGCAAAAGGAAUUUCUGGCAAUGCCUCGAAUUCUCAAGUUGAUACGUUCCCAGCUUGUGACAAAGUUAAUCCCGUUAAUGAGACUAUAUGUGAUUAUUCAAAUGAAGAAUGCUGUUCCCCUAUUCAAGUAACCCCGAUGUUCAGAUCACUAGCAGCAGCUAUUCCCAGCCCGAAAUUUUCAGAAAGUGAGAGACAAUUCCUACUAAAAACACUUGGAAUGGAAUCUACGUCUCUGAAUCCAAGCAUCAAUCCUUCUCAUCCUCCAUCGUGCAAGAGGGCCCUCCUCCAUAGUUUAUGACAAAACUUACCAACCAAUCUCAUGCAUAUUCUGCGGGGCUCAACCACCAUGACUUUUCGUCCAAAAAUUACAGGCAUGUGUAGAUUAUAUUUUAAGCCAGUUUUCCGUUGGAUUGCAGUCAUUAUGACCUGAGUUUUUACAAAGAGGCCAUGAAGAUCUGGUCCCAAAGACCACAAUCUAGAAUGCUAAGGAGCAUCCUAGUAUUUUCCGAAGAUCUGAUAAGAUGGUCUGCAUCCUUUCUCAACUUACCAGCCUAAUACAGUGUCUAGAGUGUUGUGUUUUUCUUUUUUUUUUUUUUUUGUUGUGUCACAUUCUUUUGUGUGUUGUAUGGGAGAGUUGGAUAGGGCAUCCAAUAAUGUUCCCAUAAGGCUUUUUUACAGUAUUUAUUUGCCAAUUGUACAGAAUAUAUAGAAUGUAGUUACAGAUUGGCACAUCGCCAUUGAUAUAGAACAUAUCAAAAAGAAGAAGAAUACAUUGAUAGAAGAGAGGAGGAUCAACAUCAACCAGUUGAACUGACCCCCCUUCCCUAGCGUUUUUGCUUCGUGUGCAGAGUUUAGAUAAUAAGUUUUGUGGUGUUCUUCUGUUUCUCUCAUCUUUAUGUAACAUUUAUCUCAUACUUUUAUUGGAGUGGAAAAUCCAAUAUUGCCUUUUGUGUGUAUAUAUAUGUCUCAGAAAGCAAAUUACUUAGAGCUGAACAA